AUGGGAGAGGAGGAAGAUGAUAUGGGUGUGCCUGAUGGGGGAGUCAGGUUUCGUUUCUGCGCCCGGAGCAGCCCUCAGCACAGGGUCUGUGAGUUUCAUUUCUUCGCCGCGCGGGGCGGGGCGGGGCGGGGCGGGGCUGGGCGCGGAGUAAAAGCCGCGGAGCGAGAGAGGGAGGCCGCACUCCUGCACUGCGCAGGGACCGCCUUGGACCGCAGUUGCCGCCCAGGAAUCCCAGCGUCGCGGUGGACACGCCUCCCACUGCCUCCCUGGCGCCUCUGCCGCCGGCCUGCUCACCCAGCUCAGGGGCUUUGGAAUUCUGUGGCCACACUGCUGGGUGAUCGUUUCUGGGUCUGGAGGCUACAGGAAAACUCCUGCGCCCUGAAAUCUGGAGUGGAGAAGGGCGCCAUCCAGCCACCACCAUUCCAAGGGACAGCAGAAAUGAAGUGGGCCGUUGGGUUCUUUUUCUUUUUGUAA